AUGCUUCAAGUCAUAAAAGGCCAAACGGCCAUAAAUUGCUUAAGGGCUAUUUUAAGCUUCUACAUUGAUGAUAUCAUCAAAACUGUUUCUCAUCUUACAUCUUUACAGGGAGUAGUCAUUGAUACUCAAUUCUCUUGGGGACUCUUUGAGGCUUUGGAACAAUCUUUCCUUCUUAACACCACACCUGAAUUUGAAAUUGCUGCCUACACCGUCUGUGCUUUGGCUGGAAGUGGAACUUGCACCGUUAAGGUUAACAAUGCUAUGGUCAGCCUUCAGGUUUCGACUGUUUCUGCCAAUGGAACUGCCGUAGUGAUUUCUGGAUGCGUUCCUGAAGCUGAUGGAGGAUCCUCAUCUCACACCACCAAACACCCUUCCUCUAAAACCACUAAGGCUUCAACUAAUGAUCCUCAACUCCAGACUCUUGUCGACCAAAUGAGAACAGAAGAUGUUGAUAAGCCAAGUCAAACUGAUUACAAGCUCAACUGGGGUAACAAGGUUGGAUCCGGUAGCAACCAAAAGCUGUUUUCUUCCAUGAAUGAGAACAUUUUCAGCAGAAAAGUUUAUGAUGUGCUCAUUCAAGUUUUCGAUCAGAAUCUGUUCACCCCUGACGUUUGUACUGCUGAACCAGCUCUUUCCGGUUCUCGUAAGGUUGCUUUCCUCAAUGUUAUUGAUACAUGGACCAGUACCACAGUUUUCCAAUCUGCUUUCAAUUACUUGAAAUCCAAAGGAGUCAAGGAAGCUACCGAUAUGAACACAAUGAAAAACUUCUUGUUCAACUUCUGGUUCGGAACUUAUUCUCGCUGUAAGGGACCACUCGGAUCAUCUGGAUUUGAACACGUAUUCAGUGGCGAAUUCAAGAGUAAUACUGUUGAUGGACAACACAACUGGCAACGUUACUAUCUUUUGGAGAAAGCCGGCAAAAUCGUUUACAAUGGAUACUAUAACUACGAUGCUCAAUUAAUCGGAACAUUUCAAUACAAAUGGGCUGGAAAUUUGAAACAGAAGGGUGGUUUCUUCUUCGGAACUUCUCCAGCUUUUGAUUUCUCACUUUUGACUGUUUGCUCUCUUGUUCAUUCUGGAGCCAACGGAUGUCGCUUCACCAUAGAUGGAUACAAGUUGGCUGUUACCUCAUACACUCAAGAGUGUGGAGCAGGACUCUGCUUAGCUACAGCCUAUCCCACAGACUAG